CCCUAAUCUUCCCCACCACCAACCACUCACCGUACUGUCUCGUACGCGUCGCAACGAGAUACGAACCGAAGUCACGCGUCAAGACCGUCAGAUCUGCCUUAUAUAACUAAAUCACCGUGAUACCGACUUUCUACUACUCGCAUUUCCUUCCUCUACUCGGCCGUGAAGCAGUCCUAAGAGUACACCUCGACAGUCUUCGCCAUGCCCUACAACAACACCCCAAUCGCUCCGCCUCGGGAGACUCUGGGUACAGUGUCGUUACCACUCGCCCGCGUCAAGAAGAUCAUCAGUGCAGAUGAAGAAGUCGGCUCAUGCUCCAACAAUGGCGCCUUCGUCAUCGCGCUCGCGACAGAGAUGUUCAUCCAGUAUCUCGCCGAGCAAACCCACACGGUCGUGAAGACAGAGCGGAAGCCUCGUCGAAACAUCCAGUAUCGAGACGUCGCAAGCGCGGUUGCACGAGUCGAUAAUCUGGACUUUCUCGCGGACGUUGUCCCCAAGACCAUGCCGUACAAGAAAUUCAAGGAGCAGAAGGCCGCCAAAGCCGCCGCAGAAGAGGCCGAAGCGUCCAUGCUCAAUGGCGAGAGCAGUGCCGCGGGCUCUAAGACCCCUGUGAACGGGACCAACGGCACUGCGGACAGUUCGUCGGAUGCUCGCAACGGCCACGAAAAGGGAGACGACGAUGAAGGCGAUUCUGAUGUCAUGGAAGUAGAUCGGCCUGAGCCAUCCAAUCCACGAGGAGACGAUGAGGCUGCGGUUCAGUUGGAGAUGGAGAUGCGGGGCCCAAAAGUCAACGGAGCAGCGGAAAUCGGACAGUCCCCUGCCGCGACCACGAACGGGACGCAUGCGUAGAUUUGUGAAUGCAAAACUACCGAAAUCGUACACGGGGGCAAGGGUGCUCGAACUUUCGGAGUUACAGAAAUUAGGCUUAGAGCGAGGGCGAGAUAUGGAGUUUGGGUUGUGUUUGUCACAUCGAAGGGCCCUCCUUUGAUAGACCAGGAGCAGUGACAAUAUCAUGUCACGCCCUGGAGGCUGAGGCCGAAGAGAUGACAAUGAAAGUAAAAAUACACUCUGGCCGCGCGGUUUACCCUCAAGUCAGUGCAAUAAUGAGAUGUUGAACUUUCAGAAUUCCAUAUGGUCUAG